AGCGGUUUGAGCCAAGCAUGCACGCCUUUUUGUCGCGAUGCUGCUUCCCACACAGAAGUCAUCGUCGACUGCAAGUUGCACAGCGAGUCACAGAGGCACGAGCUGUCGCGCUGGCAUGCUGCAAGCCCGCCAUGGGGCACAAGACGUGUUGAAGAUUUGUUCAACUGCUGUGGGCCUCCACGGGCGACGGAAGUUGCAGUGCCGUGCCAAAGAGAGCAAAGAGACCUCAGAAUUCGUGGAGGUGGCCUUGAACACCUCCGAGCCAGAGGCCGUGGAGGAAAUUCUGCUUGCGCUGGGUGCCAGCUCCUCUUCCUGCAGAAGGCACUUGGGAGUGAUUGAGGUGACCGCCCAGUUCCCUUUCGCUGUGGACGUGGGCCGCCUGUCCCGGCAGCUGCAGGGGGCGCUGGGCUGGCCGGCCCCUCCGCAGCUGCGGUGCCGAGGCCUGGGCCGGGGCACGUGGAUCGACUUCUUCCCCCUCUGCGACGGCUUCGAGGUGCGGCUGCCGUGCCACGCCGCCUCCCCGCAAAGCCCGGACAGCAGGCGGGUGCUGCGACUGGAAGGCAGCACCGCCUUUGGAGCUGGUGACCAUCCCACCACCCGCGGCGCCGCCGCUUUCUUGGGGCGGAGUCUUCGCCCAGGCGACCGCGUCCUGGACUACGGAACUGGGUCUGGGGUUCUGGCGAUUUGUGCUGCCAUGUGCGGGGCAGAGGUGCUGGCUGUGGAUCUGGACGCCGACGCCGUGGCCUCGGCGCGGCGGAGCUAUGCGCUGAACGGCUGCGAGGGCAGCGCCGAGUUCCGGGUGGUGCCCGAGAGCCCCGGAGAGGCCCAGGCGCUGAUGCGGGAGCUGCUCCAGGAUGGGGCGGACGUGGUGGUGGCGAAUCUGCUCUUCCGGCCGCUGCUGGCGCUGCGGGAGCUGUUGGUGGCCGCGUGCCGUCCCCGUGGCCGCCUGUGCCUCACGGGGCUGCGGGAGAACGAGGUGGCGGCAGUGGAGGAGGCCUAUGGCGAGAGUCUGGCCAUGGAGGUGGAGGAUCUCGGUGCCGGAUGGCGCCUGCUGACCGGCCGGAAGGGCGCCAAAGAGAUGCGGGGUGCGAUUUUGGCCGGGAGGGGGAGGCUGACGGCUUUUGAAGGGUCAGGUGGUGUUCCAAACGCAGGCGGAGCCUUUCCAGGCGUCAGGCUUGGCUUUCGAAGCUUGAAGCACGCCCCGCCUGAAGGGAAGACACCAUGA